UUUGAUUUCGACGUCUUUCAAACCUAGAAAUUCGACCUGUACCGAUGUACCAUAUAUUUUCUAUGCCUGUACGCUAUACCUACGGUACUCUUAGUUCAGAUAUAAGAUUUUCGUUGCGUUAAAGCUUUUCGCUCAGCACAACUAACGUGCAAAUGCUUAUUCUCAAAUUAGACAAAUUUCUAUACUUCCCGUCAAAUCGACUGACCACGAAAAGGUAAAAUUUGAAGACUACCGCAUAUAGGUGCUCGAUCAAACGCGAUUGCUGCUGCUGAACGUUCAUCUGUCACCAGACACUCAACAGCCAAGAUGGACGAUUCUGAACUGGAAACCCUGCGCUCAAAGCGGAUGGCCCAGAUGCAGUCAGAACUCGGUGGAUCACAAAGUGAUAAUCCUGAAAAGCAAAAACAAGCAGAACAACAACGGCAGGCGGUUGAAGACAUGAAACACUCAAUUCUUACCCAAGUAUUAAACCAAGCUGCUAGAGCAAGACUGAACACUUUGAUGAUUGGUAAACCGGAAAAAGGACGUAUGGUAGAAAACAUGUUACUCAGAAUGGCUCAAUCUGGACAGAUUGUCAAUAAAUUAGGAGAAGAUGAACUAAUCGGUUUGUUAGAACAAGUUAACAGUCAAAUGCAGUCACAAGAACGUAAAACUACUGUCAAGUUUGAUCGAAGGAGAGCUGCUCUUGAUGAUUCUGAUUCUGAUUACUAAUAUUAAAAUAUUUUAAUUUUAAAACAUUACUCUAUAUUUAUAUAUAAUUUUGUACUAACGCGU